ACCGAUAUAAAACAACGAAAAAAACACCGAAACCAUCGCCUUCAAAGCUUCUAGCUCUUUCAGCUCAGUUCAGUUCAGUUCAGCUCCCGAAAAGCACUCAAUUCGUGUUCGGAUCUAUUACGCCUGCUUCUAUUCCAUUAUCAAAUCCGAAAACUUCUCUCCCUCGAGAUCUCUGCCUCUCGUAAAGUUUCGCCGUUUUUUUUUCUUAUCCUUUUUGUUGAUCUCGGACGCUUAUUUCUCUUUCUUGAUUAAUUCAUUCACGCUUCCAUAGCGUGCUUUUUUCUUAAGCCUUUGAGUUUUUUUAUUAUAGUUUCCCUGUUCCUGGAUUUGGAUUCAUGGGGCUCCUGGAUUUGGAUUCAAAGCCCGGUGUCUCCCCCUCCUCUCUCCGAGUAAAACUGGAAGCCCGGGUUUGAUUUUCAUUAGGGAUAUUAAGACCGAUUUUAGGGCCUUUUGGUUUCCGUUUGAAUUUUAGUUUUCGAAAAACAAAGAGGAAAAUGAGGAUGGCGAAGUCUCAGGUAUGGCAACCCUGCAAGAAGAAGAGGUCUUGAUCCGUAAGCUCUACAGAGAGCGGAAUUCGAUUCUAGAGAGGGUGAGAGGGGGAGAGACAGAGAGAGAGGGGGGAGAAACUGAGGAAGUGAAGGGAUUCGAUUGUGGAGUGGAGUGAUUGUGAGGUUGGAGAGGGAGAAGAUGGCGUCGCGGUCCAGCAAUAACAUCAGGACACGCGUGGGGAAGUACGAGCUGGGUCGGACCCUGGGCGCGGGCAAUUUCGCCAAGGUCAAGUUCGCUCGGAACGUCGAGACGGGCGAGAAUGUGGCAAUCAAGAUUCUCGACAAAGAAAAGGUUUUCAAGCACAGGAUGAUCGUCCAGAUUAAGCGUGAAAUCUCAACGAUGAAACUGAUUAGACACCCAAAUGUUAUCCGUAUGUAUGAGGCGAUGGCUAGCAAGACGAAGAUAUACAUUGUUUUGGAAUUUGUGACUGGUGGGGAAGUUUUCGACAAAAUUGCACGUAAAGGGAAGCUGAAGGAAGAUGAAGGUAGAAAGUAUUUUCAGCAACUUAUCAAUGCUGUGGACUACUGUCAUAGCAGAGGUGUAUUUCAUAGAGACCUAAAGCCAGAGAAUUUACUGCUGGAUGUUAAUGGAGUUCUUAAGGUUUCAGAUUUUGGAUUGAGUGCGCUACCACAACAAGUUCGAAAAGAUGGGUUGCUCCAUACAACAUGUGGUACGCCAAAUUAUGUUGCUCCAGAGGUGAUCAACAACAAAGGCUAUGAUGGAGCAAAGGCAGAUCUGUGGUCAUGUGGUGUGAUUCUUUUUGUCUUACUGGCUGGCUAUUUACCUUUUGCAGAAUCCAACCUCGCUGCAUUAUAUAAAAAGAUAUUCAAGGCUGACUUCACAUGUCCCCCGUGGUUCUCCUCAAGUGCAAAGAAACUCAUUAAAAGAAUCCUGGACCCUUGUCCCUCAACACGGAUUACAAUUGCUGAGGUCAUUGAGAACGAGUGGUUUAAGAAAGGAUAUAAGCCGCCUAGUUUUGAGGAAGCUGAUGUUAGUCUUGCCGAUGUGGAUGCUAUCUUCAAUGAAAUCGGAGGUUCCAAAGAGCUUGUCGUUGAGAGGCGGGAAGAAGUGCCUGUGGCACCUGUCACUAUGAAUGCAUUUGAGCUCAUCUCUACAUCUCAGGGUCUCAACCUCAGUAGUCUCUUCGAGACCCAGAUGGGCUUUGUUAAAAAGGAAACAAGAUUCACAUCCAAAUCUCCUGCUAACGAGAUAAUCUCAAAAAUUGAGCAAGCUGCAGGGCUUCUUGGUUUCAAUGUAAAGAAAAAUAACUUCAAGGUCUUGAAGUCACCAUCUCAUCCUCCAUACCAGUUUUAUUGGUUGAAGCUUCAUGGUGAAAAAACUGGACGUAAAGGUCAUUUAGCCGUGGCAACAGAGAUUUUUGAGGUGGCGCCCUCACUCUACAUGGUUGAGGUUCGCAAAUCUGGAGGAGAUACACUAGAAUUUCACAAGUUCUAUAUGACUCUUGCUGCGGGGCUGAAAGAUAUUGUUUGGAAAACUGGAGAUGGAGCAGAGGAAAGAAAAGUUGAAGGUGUUGCGGCAUCUGGAUAAGGGGUUUCAUCUGGCAUUCAUGUUGUGAUUGUUUUCCCUAGGCUUCCUGGUGAAAUUAUUCGAAACGAUACAUUAUGGUUUGUACUGUUGCAUGUUGAGUGUGUCGUCUUCACUUGACCCUCUGAUUCUGAACCGGGUUCUUAAGACUCUGGAUGUUUCUUCUUUGUUCAAUUGGGUAUCAUAUAUAUAUAUAUAUAUAUAUA